UAAAUUUUUUUUUUGUGGUUACAACUAUGGUCGUUGGUUGCAUGGAGGCUUGUAAUUAAAAAUAUUUUCUUCGAGACAAUUUGAAAAAAUGUCUGUGGUAAAUCCGCCAGAAGCCAGAAAUGACUGCCAGGACUUCCGGUUCAAGCUGCUGUGCCGCCUGAAGGUGUUCGCGCCGGGGGACGCCGCCUUCUCGCAGGACGUCAGCCUGGUGGCCGCGGCCAGUCGCUUCGGGCUGGUGUUCGUCGGCUGCCCCUCGGGCGUGCUGGUGCUGCGGACGGCCAGCCUGGCGGGCCUCGGCGCGGGCGGGCGCGCGGACGUGAGCCAGUUCCCCCGGCGCAGCGUGCCGCUGCCCUCGCCGCCCUCCCACCUGGGCGUGAGCUGCGACCAGGGCCUGCUGGCGGCGGUGGCCAGCAAGGAUGCCUGCCCCCACGCCUUCGUGUACCACGUGCCGUGCUUCCUCUCGCAGAACGCCAGCCCGGCCUGCGAGGUGCGUCUGUCGCCCGGCCCCCAGACCAGCGUGGCGGGGCUGGCCUGGAACCCGGGCGUGCCGGGCGUGCUGGCCUGCUGCCUGUCGGACGGCGGCGCCGGGGUCUUCGAGCUGAAGGCGGGCAGCAUCGAGACCCACGUCCUGCCCCCGGAGGCUCAGGCCACGUGCCUGAGCUGGAGCCCCAAGGGCAAGCAGCUGGUGGUGGGGGACCGCGCGGGCGCCCUCACGCAGUACAAGCCCGACCUCAAGGCCGUCAAGAAGCUGCCGGCCCCCGUCCUGGAGGGAGGGCAGCCGAGCAGCGUCGUGGCCGUCGCCUGGCUCUCCAACUACCAGUUCGCGGCCGUCUACAAGGACCGGGCCGGCACCCACAGUCUGAUGAUAGUGAACGCCCCCAAAAGCGGCGACGUGUCGUUCGUCAACUACGAAGACAUAUGCUACAGCAGUGCCGAGUUCCGGCCGUCCCAGUUCUACAUCAUUCACCAGCCCACUUGGAACGUCCUGAUGGUGGGCUCGGCCAACAGCACGGAGGUGGGCGUGCUGGGGCUGGCAGGCGACCAGGCGACGUGGCAGCAGUGGAUCCAGGAGGACGAGGCCCGCGCGGAGCUGCCCUACCAGUCGGUGGGCGUGCGGCAGGAGACCUUCCCCGUGGGCAUGGCCCUGGACACCAGCUGGCAGGAGAACCUGCCCUGGGGGGACAACCAGGUGCUGCCCCCCAUGCCGUUGCUGAUGCUGCUGUCGCACCAAGGGCUGCUGUGCCUGUUCCACGCCAUCAACCUGCGGCCGGGCGCGGCCGUGCUCUGUGCCCCGCCGGAGCUGCCCGAGGACCAGAGCGGCCUGGCCCUGUUUGGCGCCCCGCCCGCGGAGGAGCAGCGGCCUCCGCAGCCACAGGAACCAUCGCAGCAACAACUGCAACAACAGCAGCAACAACUGCAACAACUGCAACAACAACAGCUGCAGCAGCAACAACUACAACAGCUGCAACAGCAACAACAGCAGCAGCAGCAGCAGCAGCAGCAGCAGCAGCAGCAGCAGCAGCAGCAGCAGCAGCAGCAACCACCACAGCAGCAGCAGCAGCAGCAGCAGCCGAGCUGGUUUGCCAAUUCCUCGUUCCCGAACGUACGGGUCAACCUGAGCCAGAAGUUCGAAGACGUGUCGCCAUCCGCCGCGAGCAGCGCUCCUGCGCCAGCGUUCGGCCCCAAGCCCACCUACACGUUUGGCUCCGGCAUAGGCCUGCUGCAGGCGCCGGCCGUCGCCCCGGCCAGCCUGGCCAAGAACCUGUUCGGGGCCGGCGAGCCGAAGACAGGUCCCGGGGUCCCCGCUGCGACCUCCGCGCUGGGGGCACCUCAGCAGCAGCAGGCGGAGGCUGCCCGGACGCCGCCCCCGGUGAUACUGAGGCUGGGGGCGGGCGGCCGUGGCGCCACAGCGCCGGAGGCGGCGGGGGCGCCGGAGGCGGCGGCGGGAGCGGCCCGCGAGGAGGCCCGGGCCGUGGUGGAGGCGGCCAUACGGGAGGAGCUGGACCACUUCCGGGAGGAGAUGGAGGACCUGCGGGCCCGGGCUGCAGCCGUCAGCUGCCACGUCGGGGGCGAGGAGGAGGUGGCAGCCCUGCGCGCCGGCCCGGAGAAGCUGCUGGCGUUCUGCCGGGAGCUGAAGGCCACGACGCUGGGGCAGGCCGCGGAGAUCCAGGAGCUGAAGGGCGUGCUGCUGGAGACGUUCGCCUGGCUGGAGGACGCGCGCUCCCGCGUGCAGCUGCACAGCAGCCCCAGGUACAUGCACCUGACGCAGCUGCGCACGCUGGACCACAUCAACCUGUCGCGGUCCCGCGAGAUGGACCGCCUGGCCGACUACCUGGAGGGCCAGCUGCAGGAGGUGAACCGCUGCCUGGACUCCCAGUGGGCCGCCUUCCAGCAGUCCAGCGCCAAGAAGCGAAUGCAGAUCCCGACGCUGGAGGCAGUGUACCGCACCAUGGUCGCGCACCACAGCAUCCUGACACGGCAGUCCGCGCUGGUGCGGCGCCUGUUGGCACGCCUGCCCAGCGUCAAGAAGCAGCAGAUAGGCUCCGUGCCGCUCGUCGCGAGCACCCGGGAUGAGGCAGACAAGGAGCUGUCAGACCUGGCAGAAGCGCUGGUGACGAACCUGAAAGUGUCGGACAUGACGAGCAGUGGGCUCCCGGGCGUCGCCCCGCCAGCCGCCAGCCGUCGCUCCCUCGGCGCGCUGAAGCAGAGCAGGCUGAGGGACUUCCUGCAGCAGCGCCCCGUGGCUCGCAUCUGCUCCACCAGGAGCGCCCCCAUCGGCCCCGCCACCUUCGUCCCGGCCCCCCUCACCGUCACGGCCGCCAAGCCCGGCGGGAUAUCCAGCGGCACGCCCGUCGUCCCCAAGCCCUGCGGCCAGAGCUCCCCGGGGAAGACCGCCCAGUCCAAGCCAAGCCCUGCCCCGGGUGUCGCCUUCCAGGGUUUCACAAGCCCCAUCUCCCCGCAAACUACAUCAAAGGAACUUGAUUCUCCACUUUUCUCGAAGGGCUCUUUCGUGUUCUCGCAUGCUCCUGAUAGCAGUACUGCUCAGCUCACGAGCAGUUACUUUUCGUUAGCUGGUGGCUCCGUUGCGGGCAAACCGGCAUUUGCGGUUGCAUCGAAAAAUAUGACUUCCGAGAAAGAAGUAAAUAAAGUUCAAGCGGAUUCGAGAACUUCGGGCCCUCCUGUCUCGUCUGUUUUCUCAUCUUCGUACUCGCCGAAGCCUCCUGCUGCAGGUUCUCCAAAGGUUGUGGAGUCGAGCGUGAAACCUCAGAAAAGUUCUUUGUCGUCAUUAAGUGACAUUGUCGCUAGCAUCGGGGAGCCGGCUCCUCGUGAAGACAAACCUGCCGUGAAGCAGGUGAACGAUUCUGCCACUGCUGUGUUUGGCAGUACUGCGGCAUCAUCACCCAAAUCAGCUACGAUGUUCAAGUUCGGUGUCAUACCGCAAAGCUCUUCGGAGCCAUCGGGGGGUGCACUUAAAAGUACGUUCACUUUCACGACUGCAGUGUCCAAUACUCAGGAGAAAACUCCUUUCAGUCUGUCUUUCUCAAGCGGAGGCCAAAACCAAGAGAAACCUGCUUGGCAAACAAGUAUAUUCGGUGCGGGAACUGCCAAGAUUUCACCUUCUUCUGAAAGCUCUUCUUUGAGCGCAGCAAAGGAUAAUGUUCCACAUGCGUCAGUUUUUGGACUUGCGACAUCUAAUUUCAAUAAUUCUCUAAGCGCCCAGAAUUCUCCCAAAGAGUCUGCUCUGCAAAACAAGACUGUAGUUUCUACAAGUAGUGGGGACAUUUUGAAGGAAACUUCACGAGAAUUCAGCAGUAAAGUUAUAAGUGAACCAAAAACAGAUUCUCUCGAUCAGUCAGUCCCAUUGUUUGGUAAUUUGUCUUUGGACUCUUCUGCCAAGCAGAAUGCCGUUCAGAGCAUGUUCUUUGGCAGCCCGGCCUCGAAUAAGGAAGUAGAAAGCAGUGUUCUGCAGACUCCCGAGACAACACCACCUCCUGAGCCAGUUGAGGCCACUCUUCCUCAGGAAACGGUUGUUGCAGUCGUACCAACAUCACAGUCUGCUGAAGCUACUGUGUGUCCUACCACACCUUCAGCUCUGAAACUACCUGCAAAUGCCUCGGAGAUGAAGGAGAAUGCCAGUGUCAAAAGUAGCAUGUCUUCAUUCUCGUUUGGCUCUUUAGAGAUUGCUACAUCAAUCGCAGAAGCCAAGCCCCAGUCCGUGGACGGAAAGAAUACGAUGUCGACCCCUGUCGCGGUCACGUCGGCAAAAUCUCCAUCUGAGUCUAAAUCUUCUGAUCACGCACCCACUUCGAACUUUAGUUUUACGUUACCCACCACGUCGGCGACCUCGUCAGCAUUCGCCCCUAAGACUGACAGCGCAUUCUCUCAGAGCACUGUCCCGGAGGCCCAGUCGAUAGCAGGGCCCGCCUCCACCACAUCCACCUCUGCAGCGAGCUUCUUCGGCCAGCCCGUGUGCAGUCCCUCGUCCUUCGGCCAGUCGCCCGCAAACAUCUUCGGCCAGGCGAAGACGUCUCUCUUCACCCCGACAACCUCCACGCCGACACUUUUUGGGCAGACGUCCACACCGUCCGUGUUUGGGCAGGCGAGCACUUCAGUUUUCGGACAGGCAAGCACAGCCUCCAUCUUCGGUAAUGCCAACGCCGCAGUAGCCACGACCCCUUCUGCCUUCGGCCAGGCAAAGACGAGCACCGCGGUGUUCGGCCAGAAGCCGACAGGCGCCCCCGGGAUGUUCGGCCAGACGUCAUCCGUGUUCGGCCAGGCCUCCACGCCGACCACGACCGCCGCUUCGACCUUCGGUACCCCGACCACAACUCCCGUGUUCGGACAGACGCCGACCAGCACGCCCUCCCUGUUCGGCCAGGCGGCCACGAGCACGUCGUCACCGUUCGGCCAGGCACAACCCGUGUUCGGCUCGCCGUUCGGCCAGGCGGCGGCCGCCGCGCCGGCGUUCGGCCAGACCGCCACCACCACCACGGCUGCUCCGUCCUUGUUCGGCCAGACGCCGCCCACCGGCUCCUUCUUCAGCUCCUCGGCCUUCGGCCAGUCGUCCGGCUCCGUGUUCGGCCAGGCAGCAAAGCCUGGUUUCGGCAGCAGUGGUGGGUCCGUGUUCGGAGGCGGCACGUCGACCCCAGCGUUCAGCACGUCGGCAGCCUCCAGCGCGGGCUCGCCCUUCCAGCCAGGUGGGGGCAGUGUGUUCGGCGGUGGCUCUGGGGCCUUCAGCGGCGGAGCCAGCUCCUCCGUGGGCCAGGCGGGCUUCGGCGCCAGCCCCUUCUCCCAGGCCAAGACAGGUGGGUUUGGCAGUCCGCCGGUCUUCGGGCAGCCCGGAGCCUCUGCCUUUGGGUCGUCCCCUUCGUUCGGGGCAGCGCCCUCGUUCGGGGGAGCCCCCACGUUCGGCAGCCCUCCGAAGGUGUUUGGAAACACUUCUCCGGUGAUCGGCACUGGGUUCGGAGCUGCGGGCCAGGCCCCGUCUGCCUUCGAGAGCAUGGCCAGCCAGAACACGGUGACCUUCGGCAACCUGGCCCAGGCCCAGGGACAAGGGCAGGCCCAGGGGUUCGGCAGUCCGCAGGCCAGCGUGUUCGGCAACACCCAGCAGAGCGCGCCCGCCUUCCCCGCCACCUCCACCUUCGGAGGGAGUUCCUUCAGCAGCUGGAGGUGAACGCUGUCACAGCGGAGGGCAGCACCUCGGGCAAUAUCGUUUUGUGCUCUUGUAUUAUAAAAGUUAUUAAAUGUCUCAUAUUUUCUUCUUGCAUUUUGUGGAUAGCUUAUUGAAGAGUCACAAUGUUUGACAGUUUUUAAUGGUGAAGGUUAUAAUAUGUAGUUAAGCCUUUACAUUCAUUAAAGUAUGGCAACACAUGGCAUGUGUAA